AUGCUCGUCACUUCCGUCGUCGGCCUUCUCAUCACCGCUGUCGGUGCCAUCGCUGCUCCCGGCGGUCACCACCCCCCUCCCCCUCCUCCUCCUCCUCCCCCUUCCGUGGGCCCAGUCAACCAGAUCCAAUCCAUCUCUUGCAGCAGCGGUGCCGCCUACUGCUGCACCCCCGAGACCGACGGGUGGGGCAGCAACUACUUCCAGUGCUCCAACUACCUCAACUCCUGCAACAGCAUUGUCGUCUGCUGCAACAGCCAGGCCAACCAGGGCUCCGCUUCUGUGCAGACUUGCUCUGCCUUUGGUAACACCAAGGUUAUCUACGUCAACUAA